AUGAGGGAGGCCGCAAGACUAGGAGCCACGCCUCUCCUCCACGGCCUCCCAGAUGAUAUCGUCAUAUGCGAGAUCCUCGUCCGCCUCGACCCCAAAUCCCUCCUCCGCUGCCGCGCCGUCUGCUGCAUCUGGCGCAGCGUCACCUCCGCCCGCGACUUCCUCCUCUUCCAUCAUGGCCGCCAAACGUCCCUCCCCAUCCUCUACGGCUACUGCUGCGAAGGCAACGAUGUCAAGUCCACAGACAUCAUCCCCUUCAACCACCGGGCAGCGCUCGCAGCCGACCAGCUUCACUCGGUCGCGCGACUUGACUACGCACACUUCCGGCCGGUGGCCUCCUCUGACGGCCUCCUCAUCCUCUCCUUCUGCUACGCCUACUUCACCAUCUGCAACCCGGUAACUCGUCAGUUUGCAUGCCUCGGUAGGCUCUCUGGCUUUAGCCUAUUGGGAAUUUACCCUCACCCGCCUACAGGUGAGUACAGACUGCUCAUGCAUUCUUCGGAAUCCACAAAGCAAACUUCUUUUCGUUUUCAUGACCGCACCAAUUGGAAAGCUAGGAAUCAAGUUGGUUGCUACGUCUUAUCACUGGGAUCUGGCAAGCUGUGGAGGUACAUUGACUCUGCGGAUACCAAUCAACUUCAAUUCAGCAACACAUCUGUGUUAUUGUGUGGUUGCUUGCAUUGCCUAGUACGACAUGGGAGCGAUAGCAACAUGAUAAUGGUGUUCGACACCAUAGCCGAGUCGAUCCGGAUGAUGCUUGCUCCGGUUUUUUCUGGCGGGUGUGAUGCCCUAUUUGAGAUGGAUGGUAAGCUUGGCAUGUCCAGCUCUAAUGAUGCAAAGACAAUCAUUGAUAUAUGGGUGCUGCAGGAGUAUGAAAGUGAGGACUGGAUCUUAAAGUGCCAGAUUAAAUUGCCGGUAACGGAGAUCAAGGCGUUGUGUAAAAAUCAUGAGGACGAUGAAUUGUGGGAUGUGGUUGCCGUGCAUGCGGAUGGUAAAUUGUUCGUGCUGAUCAAAUGUACCGAGUGGCUACUUCAGGUUGACAUGGAUGGCAAGUUGGUCGCCACUUUCCAUCACAAAGGUGUCCGUCCUACUCAAUUGCAGCUCAAACAAAGUCUUGUUCCGCAUGCCUUCUUUCCAUCACUACAUGGUUAUGUUGUGAACGGUUGGCCUUUCAUCCGAGAGUGA